CCUCGAGGUCGCGUUAGCCAUCUUAAUUCGAAUUCACGCGUACGUGCAAUCCGUAUAGCUUCCAAGUCGAGAGAUUUGCGCGCACGUAGAUCGCUGGAAAAAAAGGGGCUGGAAGGGCCGGGGUGAAGCGAGACUAGCGAGAGGAAGGAAGAAAGGAAGAAGAGAGGACGCAUUUCGAAAUCUACCGAUAGUACAUGUAAAAAAAACAUUUUCGGCGCGAGUAUAUUUCGGAACGCACCGGCCGCGGCACGGCACUCGCGGCUCGCGGCUCGCGGUAGAGGUCCAGACUCCAGAGGUGUCGAGGACGUCCAAUGAAAGAAUAGGCCGAAUAGGCGGAAGAGGAGGAAGUCAAGUCCUCGUGAUCGUCGCGACUCGGCACUCGGCACUCGGCAGUUAUCGGCGACGGUUAUCUAUCCGCAAGAUCGAUUCUCGAUUGCCCGGGGAUCACUCGUGCCCGUGCCGCAUAUCGAGGGCGCCCGGCACAGUUCCGCCGUUUCGUUUCCUUGUCGACGUAGCGUCGUUGAGUCCUCGGGGAAAAGAAGAACCUUGGAAGACGCGGAAGCACGCGGGACUACGAAGCCGGGUGGAUCGGUGCGCGCGCGCGCGCUCGAUUUCCGAGUGAUUCCAUCUCAGCCCGUUCGCGACUAUCCCUCGCGACGGUAGCCGUGCGCACGCGGUUUCUCGGCAAACCGUAGCGGAGACCAGUUACAGCAACAGUUAGCAGCAGCGGCAAGCCGGCUAAGGGCACCGGUCGGAGCUAAAUGGCACCGCGCAGGCAGGCGAAGCAAGCGGCGGCGGAGAGCGUCGUGGCCGCCGCCGCCGCCGACGGCAACGUGACGCCGCCGAAGAAGAGGAAGGUGGUCGCGAAGCAGGCUUCGGACGAGCCGAAGCAGAUCAAGGGCAGCCAGGGCAGGACGACUCGGCAAGCGAAGGCGGCGAAGCAGGAGAGCAAGGAGGCUGGCGGGCCGGCUAGUACGACGAACAAGUCACGCGGUAAGCAGAAAAAUGCCGCCAGUCCUGCUGCCGCUGCGAAAACCGACACGAGGAGCAAGUCUAAGAAGCAAACCAACAAAGAACCGGAGGACGCGAUGGUAGACAACCAUGCCGGCGAGGAGGUAGCCGAAAAAAGGACUCGCGGCGGCAAGACCGCGACUGCGGCAAAAAAGGCGGGAACCAAGGCGACCACGGCGAAGCCAAAGGCCAAGACAGCACCGGCUGCUAAAAAGCAAAAGACCCGAGCCACGGAUGAAGAAGAUGCUGGAGAUUCCGGGAAGAAUGCCGCUGGUGCGAGUCCUGCGAAGAGGACAACUCGUCGCAUGAAAAUGGUUGCGGAAAGCGAUGCGCAGGCAAAACCUCCUACAAAGGCAUCUAGGAAACGCAAGAACGCGGAAGAAGCUAUUCUGGAGGCACAAGCCACCAAGGAGGAGGAGGAGGAGGAAGAGGAAGAAGAUGAAGAUGAAGUAAAGGCGGCCAAAAAACCUCGCAGCAGAGCAAAGAAGGUGGAACCUGAUGAUGCACCCAUGACGACGUCCAUGAGGGGAAGAGCCAAGAAAAAUCCGGCAAACAAAGUUGCUAAACCACCGCCAGAGGAGGCAGAAAUCAAAAAACAAAAUGGCAAGGAACAAAACGCAGCGGUACAAGAAGACACGUCAAAAGCAAAAAAUGUGAAAACUGCAAAGAAAGGAACGGCGAAAAAAGCUGCUCCUAGGGAAAAACUUGUUCCUGCGGCAGUCAAGGCCGAUGAGCAGCAGGCUCAAGCAGAAGAGGCAGCAGCGAUCCCUCAAGUGGUGGAUGUCAAAGAAAAUGGAGAAGCACACGUCGUGGCAGAGCUCAAACAGAAAAGGAGAAAUGCGGGGAAAGCGAUUGCAGAAGCAAUGAAUGGAAAAGUUGAAGCCAAGAAAAGACAGAAGAAAGGACAAGCGGCUGCGACGUCUAUUGAUGAUGAGAAAGAAGCAACAAAGGACGGAACUAAUGAAACAUCAGAUAAUGAAAAUACCGAGGUGAAUGUGGCACCAGAAAUAGAAAAGAUUGACAUCAAAGAUGUUGACUCGAUCAAAGAUGACGACGUCUUACAGAGCGAAGAAAAAGCAACCGAUUUUAAUGAUAGUAAAGCAGACUCGACGAAAAAUGAUUCAAGCACAUCGAUUAAAGAAGAGGAAAGAUCAGGAACUUUUUUGUGCUUUUAAACAAAUACCAAACUGUUACAAAGGAUAGAAUGGCACAAGCCACAGAGGUUGGAGGGAAAUUUAAUAAUAUUUCAUAUUUGUUCAAUAGACGCACACGGAAAAAUCGCGCUUAUAUGGGGGUAGGAAGAAGGAGGGGGGGGGGGUAAUCUGAUGUUUUAAUAUAUUUAUCGAAAUACUUGCAGCGUAAACUGUUGAGUCUCAAGUCCCUGAUCUAUCGCUGUAGUCAUGACCUAGGGGGUGAUUUUAGUAUCGGAUCACAGGGAACUUGAUGAUAUUCUUAGGAUAUUUAUUUUUUUUUUACGAGAAAAAAAAAGCAAAGGAUUUAUACACGAAAGUUUCACACCAGCGUCUGUAUUAUUGUGUAAGUGCUUGUAAUAAGCGUGAUAAAGCGUGUUACCGGAAAAUGUUUCGAGCAAAACAUAUUU